AUGUAUUCGAACGUGAUUUAAGGAAUACCUGUAUGCAUGUAUAGUCUUUUUUAACAUUUCUAGGGACCAGAACUCUUCUUGCUAUGCCAAGCAAAAUAAUAUUGCUUAUGAAAAUGUAGUAAUAGUCAAUAAGUAAUUUUACAACUUUAUUCAUAGAUAACUUCCCUUAUGGGCAAACGAUUAAGAAAAAUAAACAGAAAUAUAAUGUUAGUUUUGUAAACGUCCAAUCAUUACGUUAACAAAAUAAAGAAUUGGAAAAGGAUCCAUAGUGUGUUCCCUUAUUUUAAUCUUAACCUUUCCAAUACUGUUCUGGUUGCCUUGUUAUAAAGAGUCUUGCCAAGAUGUAGUUCAUUUGUGUCCUAAUUGCGGUCAUAUAGUUGGAGAAAAACUCUAUAAACCAUGUUCUUGA